AUGUUGGGUGAUGACGACAUGCGAGUUAUAUUUCACAGUCAAGCAAGAUUUUCCGACUUAGGUGCGCUGGAGUUGUUUGCCAGAAUGGUUGACGUAGAGGGCAGCAGCAGGGGAUCUGCUCCAAAUAUGCCCACUGGCGUCAUAGAAGGGACUUCCACCGCCAUUCCAAUAGGGCAACCGGCGACUCCACUUGUUUUAACCCCGUCUUUUGCUGCUGAUUUACCUGUCCCGGGUGAUGACUUAGGUGAUGGGCGUAGCUUCGGCCAGCUUGCAGCUGCGAUCGGAUAUGCACCUGUAGUGGAUGGUGCACCCGCAUUCAUGGAGGUAAGAGAGAGAGAUCCGUUUGCGGAGGCUAUAGGUGAUGAUGGAUUAGAUUCGGAGCCACCAAUUAUCGGUGACGAGAGCGACGGCGAAGAGGACACCGCAGUUGCCGGGGGAGCUCAAACCCAUGGUAGCAGUGGUACACAACAGUACCCUCGACACUUCACCACAUUGGACCUUGAAGCAAUGAACCAGGCCGCUAAUGUAGACCAGCAUCACCAUGUGAUUCACGGAGAAAGGCCUAGCGCAGAGGAAAGGCUACUGGAAAGUCAGAAAGUACAAUGGACCACACACGUGUCUAGCAACCGAGAUAUCGACGGAUCACAGGCAGCUCGAUUACCAUGUCAUAUGUGCCUCGAUUAUAUCGUUGUGAUGGCUGAUGCAUCGGUCUCGGUUAAGGUGUUACAGAAUGCGGUGUCUUCGAAGUUUGGGUUCAAGCCGAGCUACAGGAAGGUUUGGAUGGGCAAGCAGAAGGAAAUUACUCAGAUAUAUGGAGAUUGGGAGGAGUCUUACAACCACAUACCACGGUGGAUCAUCGGGGUUUAG